ACUCACCCAAGCUUUAGUAACUAGCUGGUCUGCAUGGACUUUAGACAGCCAUGUGAAGGGGGUUUCCAGGUCACACAGAGGCCACUCUUCUAUCACCAUGGUGGACAUGAAGUGUCUGAGUGACUGUGAGCUUCACAGCCAGCUGCAGAAACUCGGCUUCUCACCCGGCCCCAUACUACCGUCCACCAGAAAAGUAUAUGAAAAGAAGUUACAGCAGUUGCUGGCCUCCAUUCCCUGUGCUUCCCCUGUUGCCGAGGGACCCACCAAACCCGGAGAGUCUCAGGACAGCGAUGACAGCCAAGAGCUUAAUAUCAUUUUGAAAGGAAAUAUCACACUCUCUGCAGAAAAAAGCAAGGAACUCCAAAAAAACCCAGUUUGUGAAAAGCAAGAACAGCAAGAGGACGACUCCGAGUAUAACAAUUUCAAGGUGAUCAUAAAGAGACCCGAGGCUCCUGCGGGCAAAACAAAAGCUCGAGAAGGAGGCUGCCUGGCUCACAAGCUUCCCAAAGGCAUAAGGUAUGCUGCAAGGCCCUCUGAUAACAGAGUCCCCAGAUGCAAGGCUGGGUGUGUCGUCAGAAAGCCCUGUGCAGCGGACCCGAGUGCUGGCCUCGGGCUCCCCCUGGGUCUGAAGCUGGCGGUGCUUGGCAUUUUCAUCAUUGUGCUGUUCGUCUACAUCACUGUGGAGAAGAAGCCGAUCUUUGGCUAAACACUUAGCAGCAAGAGCAAUGCCCCAAGCAAAGAGAUCCCCCAGCGGUUCCACUCAAGGAGCUGGCCUGGCCCUGGAGCCUGCCCCAGCCCCUUGUUGCUUGCACAAACAGGCAUCUGGCCCCGGUGAGGUGGGAAGAACAAGGGAGAAGCAUUGUGUUAAGAGCAUGGCUGUUAGGAAACCCCCCAAGUUAUGUAGGCCAUCAUUAAAAGCAUUUCCCCCUUACAGCACACUCCUCAAA